GGGUAAUGCAGUUUAUUUAGGGCCAUUAUGAAUCACCCAGAGAACCUGAUAUGGAAAGGGCAGAAAAGAGUAUGCAAGAAAAAGUCACGGUGCACCAACGAGUAAAAUGUAGAAGAGCCGGUCUGCGUAAAGACAUACAGACCGGCCAAGUUUCCCAAAGGAAACCAUCCAGCAACAAGAACAUCAAGAAGCUCCGCACAAUUAGCAUGGUGUGCAGCCUGACGAGUAGCUGGCAGCAGUGGGUGACAGAGAACGAGACGAAGCAGGCCAGUGAACCCAGUGGCUGGGCUCCGUCAUCGCUAAGAGGACCAACAGAGGAACCCAAAAAGACAUGGGUCCCAAAGAAGCCUCCUCCCACUCACACCCAGCCAACAAAAGCUUCUCAAAAUCAUGUAAUCACUUCUGGAGAGGCUCAAAAGACUUUAAUUCCUCACAAAGAGACCCAAGAUGCAUCCAAGACUGAGGAGGUUAAGACCUCAACUGAGCCACCGGUUGCAUCUCGCAUCAAGGUGAAGCAAGUGGUGAAAACGGUGACGAGCGGGGUUCAGGAGAAAAGUGCUGGCAUUGGGCUCCUGACCGAAAAGAUAAAGAAAGAGUCUCUGCCAUCAGCUGAGGAGAUUGACAGGCUUCUGAAGAAGAAAAGCUCACCUACACGUCGCAGAAAAUGCUCCAACAUGGUAUCAUCUCUGACCAAAAGCUGGAAACAGGUGGAGAAAGAGCAGAAGCUUGGAAAAGAGGGAGGAGGACCAGGAGAGGGACGCACCUUUGGUCGUGGUAAAAACGACAGUGGACACCCUGAGGCAGAGAAGGAGAGACUGGACAUAGAGGAUGAUCAAACACACAGGACAAGCUCUUUGAAAGAGGCAGAGCAAAAAGACUCUGAAGGAGACUCUGAGUCAGCAAUGAAGAUUAAAAGAUCCUCAGUCCCAACGUACAAAAAGGAAGCUGAGGAUGCCAACAAGAUCAACGCCCUCUCCAAGAAAUACAGCACUGUGGGAAACCUCAAGAGCCGCUGGCAGAACUGGGCCUCAGAGCACACUGUGAACCAGAAACUAAACCCCUUCAGUGAAUAUUUUGACUAUGAUUACUCCAUGUCGCUCCGCCUCCAAAAGGGCCAAGAGGGUUACGGACGCCCCAAGGAGGGUACCCAAACAGCGGAAAGAGCAAAACGCGCCGAGCAGCACAUCCACCGUGAGAUAGACGAUAUGUGCUACGUGAUCAGGACUAUGGCUGAUCCGGACCCAGACGGAAAGACCCGCAUCACGUUUGGAGAACUGUUUGACAGAUAUGUUCGGAUCUCUGAUAAGGUGGUGGGGAUUCUGAUGAGAGCCAGGAAACAUGGGAAGGUGGAGUUUGAAGGGGAGAUGCUGUGGCAAGGCCAGGAUGAUGGAGUGAUCAUUACUCUGCUGGUGUGAUGUUAACACCUGGGUCAGAGUUGUACCAGAAAUCCUCUUACAGCUACUUGGCUGGCACAAUGGAACUUGUGAAAUAACCUCAGUCAUUAUCAAGCGGGGCUAAGAGGAGGAUUUAAAAUAGAAUUUGACCUGGGUCUAUUCAGUGGACACUUGCAGCACAAUAUCAAAGGAAUAUGGAGACUACAAAGCUUGGCGGAUGAGCCGGUGUGGAUUAUCCAAGGAAUAUUUUGCUGCUAUUUUUGUGGAUACUUGAAGACUCUUUCUGUCAGUGUUGUGGAUAUUUGAGUUGUAGCUGUCAUGCACAUGUUUUGAGAAAUCUGCUAAGGCUUUAAAGUUUUUAUUCAGGAGCUCAGGAGAGAUAGAGUUCAAAGAGAUUCUAGCUUUUGGCUGCUUAAGUUUCUUUGCAGAUUCUCAUACGUGUCUCUUUCACACUUUCUUUAUGGCAUAUAUUAACGAGAUACUUGAUUAUGUGUUAAUGCACCAAAUUACCAGCAGCUUUGCAGUAUAGUGUAGCACAGUAAUUCAAACACAGAUUGGGUUUCAUUGCCUGAAGACCUGCAGCUCAGCAUUCAUACUGUACCGGGCACAAUGCAGAGGAACAGAGCAGACCACAGCACUUUUAAAUCUCACGGCCUGUUAGACUGAGCCUGUUAUGAUUAAUGUAAAGGGUGUCUAUGACUAUCUGGGGGAAAAGGAAAACUUUCCUUUUCACAUACACUUACUGAGUUUUAGUAAAAAAAAAUUGGGGGGGGUUGUAAAAUCAUACAGAACCAAUGUUAGCAGUUAUUUUUAGUGUUUGACAAAUAAGGCACACCGAAGAUGCUGUUUGUUUUCUAUUUUGAAACCAUUUCAACAGAAGGGUGCCAUAUUGAGGCGUACUGUGCAUUUUAGGUAUUUGCUAACAUUCUCAUUAAUGUGAAGUAAAGCUCUCAUCUAUCAACAGUAUACAUAUGAAAUUGUUGUGUUGCAUAGGAAAUGCUUUUUAAAAUAAUAAUUAAGAUAAAUUACUAAAAAUAAUAUUGCUACUACUGUGCAUCUUUUUGUUCAUCCACUGUGAUCUGCAAGCACCAGCCAGUGCAUGCUUGUUUAUUAAUGUCAUCAAAAGUGCAAUUCUGACCUUCUGUCCAUGCUGUGUUCACAUACAGCUUUAAAGAAAUACUGUAAUUUACUGAUUGGUGGGAAAACAUCAAAGUAGAGAUGAUUUUACAGAUAUUAAUAAAUCAAAAUGAAAGUACACAAAGACGUGACAAAUGUAUAAUAGCGUUCUCAGCAGCUCGGCAGGUAAGUGUCCACCAUUUUAAAGUUUAGAAAUUACAAAGCUGCCAUGUCAAAGAAACAAGUUUCAGUAACUUCCAAAUAGCAGAACAAUUUGUAGGCCUAUUUUUUUAACAAUACCAGUCUUAACUGCACCAGUAAUCUGAGUAUGAUGUUCAUCAUGUACUACAGAUCAUAAAUUCAAAUUGCAUGUCAUUAAAGUUUUUUGUUUAGAAUCAG